GAAUCACUUGGUUCAGGGCUGAGUCGGAUCUAAAGCAACAAAAAUCACAUUCUCUCCACGACCUAGCUAGUUUCUUUUCAGCAGCUCUCUCUGCCAUUCUCUUCCAUUUCCGGUGAACGAACGGCUAGGAUCCAGCCGGAAAAGGCCCUAACUCGUCAAGGCUAUCUUCCUGUCCGCGUUACCAUCUUAGCUUGGUCAUUCUUUGGACCGUUCUUCGCUCGAACAGUGGAGAGAGAGUGACUUCCAUUCGCUCCAGCCACCAAUUCUCCAUUGCCGGCCAAGAAACGGCGAGAUAUGGCCCUCUAUUGAUGAUAACAACCUACUUCUUGAUCUUGCAUCCUAUCUCUUGUUGUGUUCCAAGCUUCCCUGUUGGCAGUUCACAUUCAAGCAAGACCACGCCGUUUGCGGCAGUUCCUGCCAAUGAGGUUCUGUUUCUGAUCUCAAACAAAUGCAUUACCAAGCUAACCCACUCACUUCUUCCAAAAACAAACCACAAUACGUCCAGUGCUUAAAAUGGCGUUAUUAGACGAAUCUAUGGUUAAUUGGACGAUAUCACCGCCUAAUACAUAUGGUGCGGUGGUUCUCGGCGGCACCUUCGACCGAUUACAUGACGGCCAUCGCCUUUUUCUAAAGGCAUCGGCAGAGCUGUCUAGGGAUCGAAUUGUUAUUGGAGUUUGCGAUGGUCCCAUGUUAACUAAGAAGCAGUUUGCUGACUUAAUACAGCCCAUUGAAGAAAGGAUGCGAAAUGUUGAAAAUUACAUCAAGUCCAUUAAACCAGAACUUGCUGUGCAAGUUGAACCUAUCGUUGAUCCCUAUGGACCUUCAAUCGUUGAUGAAAAUUUGGAGGCUAUAGUUGUAAGCAAGGAGACAGUGCCAGGUGGGCUGUCAGUCAAUAAGAAGAGGGCUGAGAAAGGACUCCCACUUCUAAAGAUUGAAGUCGUGGAUCUACUUUCAGAAGGAUCUAAUGGUGAUAAGCUCAGUUCCACCACAUUAAGGAGGCUCGAGGCCGAGAAGGUGAAAAAACAAGAAGUAGCAUGAAAAAGAAAACUGAUCUCUUCUUAAGAAAUAUAGCAUAGUUAAAGGACUUGUAAGGAAGCUCUAAGCUGAGGCAUGAUUUUAUGAGGCGAGAGCUUAAUCUGAGUCUUUAUAGAUGAUGUGUUCGUAAUAAUAUUGUCGUCUGAUCUCUAUAGCUUCCUUGUCUUUCUUUUUCUGAAAUGCGAAGUAAAUCAAUGUUGCACACGUACUUGUAAAGUUCCCUCAUAAUAUAACACAUGGUUGGAUAUGAAAAUUCACGCUUAAAUUUUAUUAUUUUAA